AACAAAGUCGCAUUGGAAACAAGCAUAUUAUGCAGCGACCGUUAUUCGCCAAAUGCAACGAAUGGCACUCAGCAGUAAUAGUGGAUGUAGUAGUAGUAAGAGUAAUAUACUACCAACGGGAAAUGUAGUAUGUAGCGGCAGCGUUGUGACGUCAGAAGAAGCUGAAAGACUUAUCAGCAGUAAUAGUGAGGAGGCAAUUCGCAGAAAAAAUGUGAACUCAAGUUCCAACAGCAGCAGCUCUCCACAUGAGCUCUCAACUGAUUACAAUGUAUCUAUUGCCAAUGAACGCAAAGAUAACCAACCAUUGGGAAGUAAUAAUUGUAAAUGUAGCUCUCCUGCUUGUGUAAAUGGCAGUGAAACACACUUGUAAGCCUUUCCAAAAUAAAGGGAGAUACAAUCACUUAUAACAGGUUUUAAGUCAUAUAAGGAUAACAAAUUCUAGAAAUAAAUUUUUUUUAGAACUUACUUUUGUAUAAGUCUGUAUUUAGUUGAAAAACCGAAACUUCCAUGUAAUAACUUAAAUUGGAAACGAUAAAAUUUAUCAUAAAUAAUGCAUUAGUUAAUUAAAAUAUGAAAAUACAGUUAUUGAUCUAAUAACUGCAAGUUUAAAUAAAGAGCUACAAAAAAUGUGAAAUUCUAUGCACAAUAAAA